AUGACAGCCGAAAGCUCAGCGACAGCGGCUGCACGCAACUCGGCGAUUGAACAAGCCUUGCUGCUCUCAAACUGGAGCGACAACGACAUCUCUCUCCCUUUGUCCCCUGUAGAGACGCUGCUACAACAUAUCUGCCAUGGUCGCUACAGCCAGCUCCUCACGUCCAAGCUUGUCAGAUCGCUUCAGCUGUUUCGGCUCGCGACAGACGAUGCAGGACGGCCCAUCGUCUCGCUUGCGUCGCAACAGGAGCCCAAAGAGUGGAUCAUGCUAGCGGUCGGCAUUGCGCUGCUUCAGGCGUUCGUGCAGACGAAUUGGACCGGUCCAGAGGUAGACCUCUCGCCAUUGGAUCUGAUCGACUCAGCGCCAGAGGGCGUCAGCGAAUCAGCACUCAAUGAUGCCGCCGUGGCUGCUUUGAGCUUGGCAGGCGAGCCAGCAUACCACCUCGCUCGCAAGACGAGCUUCUUGCUUAUCGCACGUGAACUGGUCGCGCAGCCCAGCAGUAUACCCUCGAUCGCGCUGUGGCGAUUGCGCGCUGGCAUUGUGCACUUGCAACUUCUCGACGAGCCCGUGCCUUUGCCUGACCCUACUCUCCUGGCCGUAGAACGAUACCGAGACGUCGUACUCGCUUCACUGCCCGACAGCGACGAGCGACAAGAUCUGAUAGCGACUGUCUCACUCGAGCUUGGGCUCUACUACAGCCUCAUCUCGCAGAACCAGCCCACAGCAACGAGAGCCGCGUCCGAUCUGUUCUUGCGCGCGGCGACAGACACCAAGCUAGAAUACAAGCUCACCGGUAGACUGGGCAAGCGAACAAAGUUCCAGCAGAAGGAAACCAGCCAGCUCCUCGUUCUUGCCCAAAGUCGUCCGCGCCAACUUUGGCAGCCACGCACGCAGACAAAGGCAGGCGAGACCAACGGAGCAGUGCCUGACAUGCCGGAAGUGCAUGCCCUCAAUGACGACACUUUGCUUGAGCGUACAAAAUAUACGGCAACAUCGGACGAGUCCGCGCAAUCCGCUCUGGACGCUCUCGAUCCCUCGCAGCAGCCGGCAUUACACCCCCUUGACCAGAGUAUACUCCUUGCCCUCUGUCUCAAUAUCAGCAACACUUCGCCAGCGCAUGGUCUCACGACGCUUCAGAUGGGCGCAUUUGUCACUCGGGUGCUCGAUCACCCAGAGAAUUGGACAAUCUACUCCAUGGGAUUGCUCAUUCGCAGUCGCCUGGAAGCGAGCCGGUCUCGCACAGUCGAGCGUGGACUGCUGCAGAUGCAGAGCUUGGUCGAUCAGCUCAGGCUCGAGGGCUCCGAUGUUGAGCGUCCGCCACCAGAAGAUGAUCAUAUCAUCGAACGGGAGAAAGGCGCUCCUGUGCAGGAGAGGUUGCAGUAUGUCUACGAUGUCGCCGCGCCUGCUCGAUGGCAUCUAGAGGCCGAGCUAGCCAAGCGAUUUCUCGGCUUGGGCGUCGUCAAGAGCGCCCUGGAGAUCUUCAUCAGACUCGAGAUGUGGGAGGAUGCUGUCAAGUGCUGGCAAGCGAUCGAGCAGCAGCCCAAAGGGAUCGCUGUCGUCAAAGACCUUCUCGAGGGCCGCAAGGAACAGUCUGAUGAAGUCGGCCUUCGCAUCAAGGGCAAGAUCUCCGACAAAGCCCGUCAAGCUAAGCUAUGGUGCUUGCUCGGCGAUCUCGAAGCGAACGCGGAUCACUACCGCAAAGCUUGGGAGCUCUCUGGCAAAACCUCAUCCCGAGCCAUGCGCAGUCUCGGCGUCAUGCUCUUCACUCGCAAGGAUUACCCCGGCACGAUCGAGGCGCUGCGAAAAGCGCUGGCAAUCAAUCCGCUCUUCGUGCGAUCUUGGUUCGUCCUGGGAUGUGCAGCGAUGAUGAGCACGGACUGGCCGACGGCAGAGGAAGCCUUCGCGCGCUGCGUCUCGCUCGACGAUGAAGAUGGCGAAUGCUGGAGCAAUCUCGCUUCCAUACAUCUUCGCCGGACUGAAGAAGCUGCCACCGGUAGUGCGACUGCGCCUACGGAACUUGGCGAUGAGGCCAUAUAUGAUACGGGCAAGGUGCCCUACUCUCGCAAGCGAGCUGCAUAUGGCUGUCUUCGUCAAGCCGUCAGAUAUUCGUACGACAGCUGGCGAGUCUGGCAGAAUUUCAUGAUCGUCAGUGUCGAUGUUGGCGAGCUGACAGAUGCGGCAAGAGCGCUCGGUAAGCUGGUCGAACUACGAGCAGAUAAGGUCGGCGACGAGGCAAUAGACUUUGAAGUUCUCGAAAGACUCGUCAAUGCGGUCACACGCGGCAAGAGUUAUGCAGAGUUGAGCGCACCACCCGUAGACAAUUCUGACGAGACGGACGUCGGCCCGAACUCGAGCAGAGCGCUCUGGCCACGAGUCAAGGAUCUUUUUGAACGGACGCUCUUGCCACGAAUCUCAUCCGCGCCACGCCUCUUUCUCGCUUAUGCCAACUUGCUUUACUGGGCUGGUGACCUCAAGGGCUCAAUCGACGCGCAUCUCAAGGCAUACAGAUGCAGCUCAGCGGUCAAGGACGAAGCCGCCAGUCAGCAGUCAGUCUUCAUCACAGCUGCUCAAGAAGUGCUAGACGUCGUCGACGUGCUGCGUAACAUGGGAUCAAAAGAAGUCGACGGUCAGCUCGUGCUGGCCGAUUGGCGCUACCAGGCCAAGAGUAUCGUGCGAACUUUCCUUGCUCGUACAAGGACUAAUUUCGAGGAAGAGCCGGCUUGGCAAAGCCUCAAUGAGGAACUGCAAGAUCUCAAGUCAUAG